GUUUUCGCAAAUGCUAGUACCGAAACGCGCCGUCGCACGCGUCAGUAAUGGUCAGUAGCAGAUUCGCCAUCGAGUCGAGUGGUCGUCUUUCACGUUCUCACAAACGAUUGUCCGAAUUAUCUUCCUCGCUCGCCUCGCAUUUCUCCAAGCUUGCAGCGAAGUCGAACUUUUGGUCUGAAUUUCGAUUUCCACUUUCAGCUGAUCCAACAGUACGUCCGACGCGGUGCCAGCGAUCUUCGUGUCAUUAACGCUGCAAAAGAUCUUCUGAAAACAAUGCCGUGUCCAUUCUUAGCUCGCCUGUCUGCAAACUACGUUCGCAACUAUGGGUCAACUUUGUUAAUGAACUAUCGGCAACAUUGUCCGGUAAUGUCGAAGUUCAGUACGAUGGCAGAAUCAGAAGAGUCUCAGCCAAUUCCGGAGCCGAUAGAGAAUCAGUGUCCCUUCUUGUCCAGGGAACGAGACGCCGUAAAGAAAGCCAGUCUAGCGAUGGAGGAAGAUGUUAUCAAUCUAGGUGCUAUGGAGCAGAAGGAGGAGGCGCAUUUCGGCUAUGAGGAAUUCUUUCAUGAACAAAUUAUGCAAAAGAAGAAGGAUCAUUCAUACCGGGUAUUUAAGAAGGUGAAUCGUCUGGCUGAAAAAUUUCCAGUUGCUAUGGAGUACUCGUGGGGCGAGAAAUCCAUAACUGUAUGGUGCUCUAAUGAUUACCUGGGAAUGUCGCGUCAUCCCGCGGUGACCGGCGCAGUUCGAGAAGCGCUGGAUAAAUUUGGUGCCGGUGCUGGAGGCACGAGGAACAUAUCUGGUAACUCCAUGGGUCACGAGAAAUUGGAGAAGCGGCUGGCACUGCUGCAUCAAAAGGAGGCCGGUCUGCUCUUCACUUCUUGCUUCGUCGCCAACGAUUCCACUUUAUUUACUUUAGCAAAAAAUCUACCGAACUGCCAUGUGUUCUCUGAUGCUGGAAAUCAUGCCUCCAUGAUACAAGGUAUAAGGAACAGCGGCGUGCCAAAGCAUAUAUUCCGGCAUAAUGAUGUGGAUCAUUUAGAGGAGCUCCUGUCCAAAGUAGAUAAACGCGUGCCGAAAAUCGUGGCGUUCGAGACAGUACAUUCCAUGACCGGCGAUAUCUGUCCAUUGGAAAAGCUGUGCGAUGUCGCGCAUAAAUACGGAGCGAUAACAUUCGUUGAUGAAGUUCACGCAGUCGGUCUGUAUGGCAAUACAGGCGCCGGUAUUGGCGAAAGAGAUUGGGUGCUUCACAAAAUGGAUAUUAUCUCCGGGACCUUGGGAAAGGCUUUUGGCAAUAUAGGCGGCUAUAUUGUUGGUUCUUCGAAAUUGAUUGACAUGAUAAGAAGUUAUGCGGCUGGCUUUAUUUUUACUACUUCACUACCGCCCACUGUAUUAUAUGGAGCCCUAACAUCCGUCGAGAUCUUGGCAUCAGAUGAAGGCAGGUCGUUGAGGACGAAUCAUCAGAAAAAUGUGGCCUAUAUGAAGUCUAUUCUUACUGCCGCUGGUCUUCCAUUAGAACCAUCGCCUUCUCACAUCAUUCCAAUAAAGAUAGGAGAUCCAUUGAUAUGUAGUCAAAUAGCGGACCAUUUGUUAAGAGAUAAAGGGCACUAUAUACAAGCUAUAAAUUAUCCUACAGUUCCAAAGGGUGAAGAGAAAUUAAGAUUAGCUCCAACACCGAAACACACCGAAGCCAUGAUGAAUAAAUUCGUGCAAGACGCACUGGACGUUUUUCAUCAACUAAAUAUACCUAAAAUAACCACGAAACCAGAUGCGCCGCGUGCUAUCCUGGUUCAUUGACGAAUGUAUAGAAUAUACCCAUGAUUAUCGUACAAAUAUAAUAAAACCUAUUUGCGUAUAAAUAUUUAUUUAUCUAGCCUGUUUAUCAGUGUUAUAUUCCAACAACAUUUGGAAUUAUUAGUAUAUGAAUCAUGCAUUAUCAAAGUUAAUUAUUAAGAGGUCUAAAUAAAGUUAAUCGAUAAA